UGGAUAGCGUUUCAUUAUCCGCCGCCUCUGUUUAUCCCUGCCAAAACCGAGAGAGAGAGAGAGAGAGAGAGAGAGAGAGAGAGAGAGAGCAACGAACAAUUAAUACACCACAGAACAACACCAUUUCUGUCUGCGCCAACCUAUUCUUCGUUUUGUAUCACCUGUGGCCCGAUAUUCUGAAGCUUGAGCUCAAGUCUAGUUUGUUUGUUUGUUUGUUUGAUCUGAUUUUAGCGGAAUCGAAAGCCGUCGGUAUGACUCGGCGGUGUUCUCAUUGCAGCCACAAUGGCCAUAACUCAAGGACUUGCCCCAAUCGCGGUGUCAAGCUCUUUGGAGUUCGAUUGACUGAUGGCUCGAUCCGGAAGAGUGCUAGUAUGAGUAGUCUCAGCCACUAUGCUGGGUCAAGCUCCGGAGCUCAUCAUGCUGGGUCCGUCAAUCCGGGUUCGCCUGAUGAGACGCCUGAUCAUGGUGCUGCCGCUGACGGUUACGCCUCCGAGGAUUUUGUUCCUGGGUCAUCGUCUGUUUCCCGGGAAAGGAAGAAGGGUGUUCCGUGGACUGAGGAGGAACAUAGAUUGUUCUUACUUGGAUUGCAGAAGCUUGGCAAAGGUGAUUGGCGUGGAAUUGCCCGGAAUUAUGUUAUAUCAAGGACGCCUACUCAAGUAGCAAGCCAUGCUCAGAAAUAUUUCAUCAGGCAAAGCAAUGUGUCUAGGAGGAAAAGACGCUCUAGUUUGUUUGACAUUGUUGCUGAUGAAACUGCUGACACACCAAUGGCAGAACAAGACUUCUCGCCAGCUAGUCAGCCUGAGGCUGUAACAGAAGGCAAUGACCCCUUGCCAGCUCCUCUGGCCAUUGAUGAAGAGUGCGAAUCUAUGGAUUCCGCUUAUUCAAAUGAUGGAGACUCUGCCUCUUUAAAGCCAGAUAGCUCACAGUCACAGUCAGAGUCACAAUCGCAGUUCCCAGUGCUAUAUCCUGCGUACUUUUCUCCUUUCUUCCCAUUUCCUCUGCCUUAUUGGUCAGGAUACAGUCCGGAGCCCAUCAAGAAGGAGGCAGUGCAUGAGGUGCUAAAGCCUACUGCGGUACAUUCUAAAAGCCCCAUCAAUGUUGAUGAAUUGGUUGGCAUGUCUAAACUCAGUUUAGGGGACUCUAUUGGUGAAUCUGGCCCUUCCUCUCUUUCACUAAAACUCCUUGAGGGACCCUCUAGGCAGUCAGCUUUUCAUGCAACUCCUUCAUAUGGUAAUUCAGACAUGAACGGCAAUGCAAUCCCUGCAGUUUAGGGCAUCUUCUGCCAAGUUGACUAUAGGCUAGCCCGGUAGUGUCACGAUUAUCUACAAAUACAGGGCUCGCAAAUUUGCUCUUAUGUAGCCACAGGUCUCUGGUUGUGGGAUAGCAGUAUAGUUUUCUCUUCCUUCUUCACAGUGAUUAUUAACUUUGUUUCUUUUCUGGCAGGCGAUAGCAUCUAGGAAUUAUUUGAGUCUAAAACGUUAUUUGACAAGUUGUUAAUUACUUCUUGUGUUCUAUAUGGCAUAGGCGUCAUGAAGUUUAUUCUA